AGGUGCUUCGUCUGUGAGCGAGGCCUCUGAGGCCAAGGAGGAGAGGCUGGCCCGGAGCGCAGUGCUGGCGCCCGUGGGUCUGCAUCAGGUGUCUGAAGAGCACGUUGACAUGAGUGUCGCAUGUGUACUUGGGUCUGAAAACAAUGUGAGGAGACAACCUGGUAGUCCUUCCGUACCGAGGACUGGUUUCUACCUGCAGCUCCUGGGUUCAGAGGUGGGGCUUUCUCUCCGCCUGGGAUCAGCCUCUGGUUCAGCACAUGCUCCCGCACUUCAGAAAAGCCAGCGCUGUCCUGUAGCUAAGGAUGGCAGUUUGCAUUCUGUGACUGUCGUCAGUAGUCUGUUCUUUGAUCACUGGGUGAUGCUGUGUUCCUCUCUCUCCUGCCGGCACUCUUUAAUUACCUGAGGAAGGAGGUUCCUCAGUGAUUUUUCUCCUGGGAGUCGGAGAAGGUUGCUGUUCGUCCUGCUAGGCCAGCCCUGCCCGCACAGACCCCACGGUACCUGGCACGUGGUCGGGAGCCGGCACGUGCGGCUCCCCUGCCCGGGAGGCCCAUGGAGAGGAUGCCCUGUGGCAGGACUGUCAUCAAAGAGGGGAUGCUGACCAAACAGAACAAUUCAUUCCAGCGAUCAAAAAGGAGAUACUUCAAGCUGCGGGGGCGGACGCUGUACUAUGCAAAAACGGCCAAGUCCAUCAUAUUUGACGAGGUGGACCUGACAGAUGCCAGCGUGGCUGAAUCCAGCACCAAGAACGUCAACAACAGUUUCACGGUCAUCACUCCAUGUAGGAAGCUCAUCUUAUGUGCUGACCACAGGAAAGAGAUGGAAGACUGGAUUGCAGCGCUGAAGACCGUCCAGAACAGGGAGCACUUUGAGCCUUCCCAGUACAGCAUGGACCAUUUCUCAGGGAUGCACAACUGGUACGCGUGUUCCCAUGCGCGGCCGACCUACUGCAACGUGUGUCGCGAGGCUCUGUCUGGGGUCACGUCGCACGGACUGUCCUGUGAAGUGUGCAAAUUUAAGGCCCACAAACGGUGUGCUGUGCGUGCAACCAACAACUGCAAGUGGACCACGCUGGCCUCCAUCGGGAAGGACAUCCUUGAGGAUGAGGACGGGAUCGCCAUGCCGCAUCAGUGGCUGGAAGGGAACCUGCCCGUGAGCGCCAAGUGCACGGUGUGCGACAAGACGUGCGGCAGCGUGCUGCGCCUGCAGGACUGGCGCUGUCUCUGGUGCAAGGCCAUGGUGCACACGUCAUGUAAAGAGUCCUUACAGACCAAGUGUCCGCUGGGCCUGUGUAAGGUGUCGGUCAUCCCGCCCACAGCGCUCAACAGCAUCGAUUCUGACGGCUUCUGGAAGGCCACGUGCCCUCCGUCCUGCACGAGCCCGUUGUUGGUCUUUGUCAACUCCAAAAGUGGGGAUAACCAGGGUGUGAAGUUCCUCAGAAGAUUCAAACAGCUGCUGAACCCUGCCCAAGUGUUUGACCUCAUGAACGGAGGACCACACCUUGGCUUACGCUUAUUCCAGAAGUUUGACACAUUCCGGAUUUUGGUUUGUGGUGGGGAUGGCAGCGUUGGCUGGGUGCUCUCUGAGAUUGACAGCCUCAAUCUUCACAAACAGUGUCAGCUGGGAGUGCUGCCCCUCGGCACAGGGAACGACCUGGCUCGUGUGCUAGGCUGGGGCUCAGCCUGUGAUGAUGACACCCAGCUCCCGCAGAUCUUGGAAAAGCUAGAAAGAGCCAGCACCAAGAUGCUGGACCGGUGGAGCGUCAUGGCCUACGAGACCAAGCUGCCCCGGCCGGCCUCCUCUUCCACCGGCACUGAGGACUUCAGCGAGAGCUCUGAGGUGCAACAAAUCCUCUUCUAUGAAGACUCAGUGGCGGCCCACCUUUCUAAAAUCCUGACCUCAGACCAGCACUCGGUGGUGAUUUCCUCAGCCAAAGUGCUCUGCGAGACGGUGAAGGACUUUGUGGCUCGGGUGGGGAAGGCCUACGAGAAGACCACAGAGAGCUCAGAGGAGUCAGAGGUCAUGGCCAAGAAGUGCUCUGUCCUGAAAGAGAAGCUGGACUCUCUCCUCAAGACCCUGGACGAUGAGUCCCAGGCCUCGUCCUCCCUGCCCACCCCGCCUCCCACCAUCGCAGAGGAGGUGGAAGAUGGAGACGGGGCGGGCAGCGGCUGCGGCUCCACUGGGGAGCGCUCGGUGGGGUCGACGUGCCCCUCUCGGCCGCAGAUAUUCCGUCCACGGGAACAGCUCAUGCUCAGAGCCAAUAGCCUGAAGAAAGCCAUCCGGCAGAUCAUAGAACACACAGAAAAAGCUGUCGAUGAGCAGAACGCCCAGACCCAAGAACAGGAGGGGUUCACCUUAGGUCUCUCUGAGUCGGAAGAGAGAAAAGACCCGAAGGAUGACAGAGUGUGUCCCACAGAGAGCUGUGGGGUUGCCAAGACCAGGAGCCUCCGCAAAGUGUCCAGAUCCCCAUGUGAGAAGCUGAUAAGCAAAGGAAGUUUGACACUGGGCAGUUCUGCCUCUCUUCCUCCCCAGUCAGGAAACCGGGAUGGGCUGCCCGCACUGAACACCAAGAUCCUGUUCUCGAACGUUCGGGCUGGGAUGUCUGGUUCCUUGCCUGGAGGUUCAGUCAUCAGUCGCCUGUUAAUUAAUGCUGAUCCCUUUAACUCGGAAUCAGAAAACCUAGAGUAUUACACGGAGAAGUGCGUCAUGAACAAUUAUUUUGGCAUCGGCCUGGAUGCGAAGAUAUCCCUGGACUUCAACAACAAGCGUGACGAGCACCCAGAGAAGUGCAGGAGCCGGACCAAGAACAUGAUGUGGUACGGAGUUCUUGGAACCAAAGAGCUGCUGCACAGAACCUACAGGAACCUGGAGCAGAAGGUCCUGCUGGAGUGUGACGGGAGACCCAUCCCACUCCCCAGUCUCCAGGGGAUUGCUGUCCUCAACAUUCCCAGCUAUGCCGGAGGGACCAACUUCUGGGGGGGCACCAAGGAAGAUGAUACUUUUGCAGCUCCGUCAUUCGAUGAUAAGAUUCUGGAGGUGGUCGCUGUAUUUGGCAGUAUGCAGAUGGCCGUCUCUCGCGUCAUUAGGCUGCAGCAUCACCGAAUCGCCCAGUGUCGCACGGUGAAGAUUUCCAUCCUGGGGGAUGAGGGCGUACCUGUGCAAGUGGACGGAGAGGCCUGGGUCCAGCCUCCAGGAUACAUUCGGAUCAUCCACAAGAACCGGGCUCAGACGCUCACCAGAGAUAGGGCGUUUGAGAACACCCUCAAGUCCUGGGAAGACAAGCAGAAGUGUGAACUUCCUCGCCCUCCGUCUUUCUCUCUGCACCCGGAGAUCCUGUCUGAGGAAGAGGCCACGCAGAUGGACCACUUCGGGCAGGCGGCGGGAGCCCUCAUCCACAGUAUCCGGGAGAUAGCUCAGUCCCAUCACGACAUGGAGCAGGAACUUGCCCACGCCGUCAAUGCCAGCUCCAAGUCCAUGGACCGGGUGUACGGCAAGCCCAGAGCCACAGAGGGGCUGAACUGCAGCUUUGUCCUGGAAAUGGUGAAUAACAUCAAAGCUCUGCGCAGCGAGACCGAACUGCUGCUGGCUGGGAAGAUGGCCCUGCAGUUGGAUCCCCCUCAAAAAGAGCGGCUCGGGGCCGCUCUUGCCGAGAUGGACCAGCAGCUCAGGAAGCUGGCGGACACCCCCUGGCUGUGCCAGCCCGUGGAGCCCGGUGAUGAGGAGAAUGUGAUGCUGGAGCUUUCCAAACGCAGCCGCAGUGGCAAAUUCCGCCUGGUGACGAAGUUUAAGAAAAACAGCAAGAACAGAGAAGCCCGCAGUAGCCUGGGAGCCCCGGUUCACCUCUGGGGGACAGAGGAGGUUGCUGCCUGGCUGGAGCACCUCAGUCUCUGUGAGUAUAAGGACAUCUUCACGCGGCACGACAUCCGGGGCUCCGAGCUCCUGCACCUGGAGCGGAGGGACCUCAAGGACCUCGGCGUGACCAAGGUGGGCCACGUGAAGCGGAUCCUGUGUGGCAUCAAGGAGCUGAGCCGGAGCGCUCCUGCCACCGAGGCCUAGCCGUGGCCCUGUCGGCCUGCGUCCCCCGCUCGCCCCGCGACUGAGGCCGGGGACCCGCUGCCCCUUCUCAUGGUGCUACUCCCCCUGCUCCGGACGGGAAGCCUCGCGGACGCCCGUUCCGUGACCGUCCCGGGGUCUCGCGCACACCAACACAGCUACCUUCGAAACGACGCCUCGCCCGGCCCCGACACCGCGUGGGGCGGACCGCCACCACCUCUCUGCUCCUGCCGACCCGGGACCCGGGCUGGGCCCGGCCUCCGGGCGCCGGGUUGUCCCGUGGAGGCGGCCCGCCUGGGCCACGCGAGCUCGUCCCGCGGGUCCCCGCCGCGAGCCCCGUGACCGCGUGCCGCGUGGCCUCUCCCAGGCGUGCGGACCCCGGCCUGGCCGGCAGCCUCCCGCGCCAGCAAGUUCCGUGUCCGCGGGCCACCCUGGUUCUCCGCGGCAGCCUUGCAAGGCCCCCGCCUGAUGUCCCCCGGGUAUUGCGGAGUCUUUGGCCGAGACGCCGCCUCUCCUGCUUUGAAAGCGGCCUGGACGCGCUGCCGUCCCGCCCGUGUUCGCGGUGCGUGGAGACGAAGGACGAAGAGGGCUCGCCCUCCUCGAGUCGAGUGGACGGACGGUGACGAUCUUGGGCUGACAGAUCCCCUCUCCGGUUGCCUUUGGCCUCGUCCGUGUGGCGCCCUCCUCUUGAGCUGCUGGCGUGGGCACGUGGUCCCUCUGUCCCCGAGAUGCCGUAGCCUCCCGUCUCCCCUCAGACAGAGGGUGUGUUUGCGUGAGCUCGGUGUUGGCGGGCGCGAGCGCGUCCCGGGCGCUGGGGCGAUGCCUCGCCCCGUCCUGGGGGACCGUCCCCACCGACCGUCUCUGGCCCUGUGGGCGGCCGUCUGCCUCGGGCCGCUCUCGCCCACGUCCCCAGCCCUCCCCGUCUCCCCCGUCGCCACCACAGCCCACCCUGCAGGGCUCUGUAACCCGGCCCAGCUGUGAGCCGGGGCCCCGUGCCCCUACCCUGUAGCUCGCUUCACCCCUCAUCCUCGUGAGGCGGGGGGGGGGGGGGGCUGCAGGUGUCAUCCGGUCACCCUUGGGGGAACCUUUGGGGCGCUGAACAGCAUCUGCCUGCUGCUCCCUCUGCAAGCCCCUCCCCCUCACUGGGGUGCACGGUGGCCCCUCCACCCCCACCCCCCGUGAGCCUGGCCGGGCCUCUGCUGCCGGUUUGGGGGCACUCCUGCUGGGGCCCUGGUGGGCACCUGGCCUGCUCCUGUCCCUGAGGGUGUGGUGGCGGCGACAGGGCGGGGGGGGGGGGGGGCGCCUGUGCUCCGCAGCGUGCUCAGCUGUUGUGCGUGGCCUUCCCCACCCCGACGCCCCCUGUGCCAUCAGACGGCUGCUUUGGACCCGGGAAGGCAGAGAGGGAUCAUCUGGCCACUGGAAGUCACCAGCUUUCAAGGUAGAACAGGCUGACAAAGGAGACCGUGGGGUCCUGAGCCCGUGGUACCAGAACGGCGUCUGCUCUGUCACCUAUGGCCGGGCCCUGGGCUCUGAGGUCCUCGGGGCGAGCCGGGGACAGGCACGUGCUCGGUGAGGAGGGGAGCGGCGGCCGGUGCUGACGCUGUGGGGCCGUCCCGUACCCUCCGCGCCCUCCCUUGGGAAAGCCCGAGGGCUGGGUGAAGCAUGGUGUUUAGAAUUAGUAUGUCGUCAGUGAUAAAAACAACACUGUUUACGUAAAAACCGUUUUUCUGAUUCUAGUAAGUUAGAGGCGAAUGGAGUAAACGUGAGUGUUGCAUGGAAGCGUGUUGGCGUCCGGCCGGUGCCGCAUCUGCUGCGGUGGCCGUGUUGGUUCCCGUGAGGCCGCUCCUCUGCCUGCCCCCCGACGUCCCUGCCGAGGCUGGGCGCUGUCCCGCGGGGACCCCGGUCCCGUCAGCGUGGAGGGAGGGAGGAAGGGUCCUGGGGAGUCUUGGACAAAAGGUUUUGUGCCCUCGGGCGGGGCUUACCCCUCAUAUUUAUGAUCUUAAUUUAUACGGUGCCCGCCGUGGAAGCAAAUGCCUCCUGUAUUGCUGUGUACAGACCCAAUCUGGGGUUGUAAAUAGGUUGUUCUGUGUAUAAAUAAAACCUGCCGUUGUCAGA